AGCAGACAGCAGUAGUGUCACGGUAUUGGAUCUAAUCCAAUUAUCAUCUCUAGUCAUUGUGCAUUUAGUGAUCUCAAAAGUAGAAGGAAACCCGUAGAAGGAUCAAGAUGAAAUUUGCCAUCGUUCUAUUGGCUGUUGCCGGCCUGGUGGCGGGUAGUGCCUUCCCACCAAAAUACGAAACCAAGUAUGCCGAUAAGGACUUUUUGGCCAAGCAAAAAUUCCUCUUCGAAAUCGUUUACCGUGUUGAGGAUCCUUUGAUGUUUGAGGAAUACAUUAAAUUGGGCAAGAGCUUCACCUACAACAAGGACGACUACGUGUUCCCUGAGCACCAUAGCGAAUUUAUGAAGGAGUACUAUCAUGCCUUCAAAUACGGCGUCACUUUGCCCAAGGGUGAAUAUUUCGGCUCCUUGGCCUACACCCAUUUCGAACAAAUGUAUGGUUUGUUUGAAUUCUUCUACUAUGCCAAGAACUGGGAAAUCUUCCAACGCAACGUCUGCUGGGCCCGUUUGUAUGCCAACGAAGGCAUGUUUGUCCAAGCUUUGACUUUGGCUGUUAUCCACCGUGAUGACUUCGAUGGCUUGAUGUUGCCCGCCAUCUAUGAAAUCUUCCCUCAAUACUUCUUCAACAGCAAAUUCGUCUACGAAGCUGAGAAAUUCGACUUCGAUGUCUGGAGCAAAUACAUCAUGUACGAGAAGGAAUACAAGGACUUCAUGUACAAGGACUACUCUCAAUAUUUCAAGAAAUUCGACAACUAUGAAUACUUCUACACCAAGGACUUCAAGAUGUGGCAAUGGUGGAAACUCAUGGGUUUGGGCGAACACUGGUACUCCGAAGAUCAUUUCAUGAUGCGCGACAACAUGUACCUCUUCAACAAGGACUCCAAAUACUUGGACAUGAUCAAGGGUGUCAAUAUGUUCUACAUGCCUGUUGACUACACUCGUGAUGUUUACUUCUUCAACAAGGAAUCUGAAUUGUCUUACUUCACUGAAGAUUUGGAAUGGAACUCGUUCUGGUACUACUUCAACAUGGAUUACUUCCCCUACUUGAAUGGCGAACAAUUCGGUUUGAAGAAGGAUCGUCGUGGUGAAUACUACUUCUAUGUUGUGCGUCAAUUGCUCGCCCGUUACUACAUGGAACGCUUGUCUCAUGGUUAUGGUGAGGUUCCUGAGUUCUCCUUCUUCACUGAAGUCGAAUACGGUUACGAUCCUCAGUUGAUCAACUACAACGGUGUUGGCUAUUCUUACCGCAAGAACUACUACGAAUACGAGACCUAUGGCAACUUCGACUACAUGUACUACAUCAUCAACUUCUUUACCCGUGUUGAAGAAAUCAUUACCCAGGGCUACUUCAAGACCCACGAUGGCAAGAUGAUUGAUUUGCGCAAACCUGAAUCCAUUGAAUACCUCGGUGACAUCAUGCAAGGCAAUUCAGAUAACUACGACAAAUACUUUGCCACUUUCUGGUACAUGUAUGCCCAUAUGUACUUCGCCCACACCGAUGACAGCGAAUUCGAAGUCUACCCCAGUGUCUUCUUGAACUACGAAACCAUGAUGCGUGAUCCCAUGUUCUACAUGAUCUACAAGAAGAUCACCGAUGUCUUCUUUGAAUUCUAUGAAUACAUUGAUCCCUACACCCACAAGGACUUGUACUUCCCCGGAGUUGAAAUUGAGAGCGUUAAGGUUAGCGAUUUGGUCACCUACUUCGAUUUGUUCGAUUUCGAUGUCACCAACUUGUUGAACGACAAAUAUACCUUCGUUGAUGGCAAAUUCGUUUGGGACAAGACCUUGUUGGCUCGUCAAAUGCGUCUUAACCACAAAGACUUCGAAUUCGAAUACACCAUUAAGUCCGACAAGGAUCAAAAGGUUGUUGUACGUGCCUUCUUGGGUCCCAAAUACGAUGAAUUCGGCCGUGCCUUCUCUUUGGAUGAAAACCGUGAAAACUUUGUCGAGAUCGAUGAAUUCUACUAUGAAUUGAAGGCUGGUGUAAACACCUUCAAGCGCAGCUCCAAGGACUUCUACUGGACCACUGACGACCGCACCACCUAUACCGAACUGUACAAGUUUGUUAUGUUGGCCUACGAAGGCAAAUACGAAUUUCCCUUGGACUACUCCGAACCUCACUGCGGCUUCCCCGAUCGUUUGGUCUUGCCUCGUGGUUGGGAAAAGGGUAUGCCCAUGCAAUUCUUCUUCUUCGUCUAUCCCUACACUGCUUCGUACGAACCCUACUCCUUCAACUACAAUUACUCUUGCGGCAUUGGUUCUGGUGCUCGUCACAUUGAUGAAAAGCCUUUCGGUUAUCCCUUCGACCGCAAGAUCGAUGAAUUCGAAUUCUUCGUGCCCAACAUGUACUUCAAGGAUGUCAAGAUCUACUACGAGGAUACAUUCGAGAAAUACUACAACUACAAAUAUUCCAAAUUCGGACACUUCGACUAUGGCUACUACUACAACUAUUAAGUUGUCCAGCAUAUCUGUGUUAUAGACAUGUAGAAAAAAAUGUAAUUGAAAAGCAAUAAAGUAAUAAAUACUGAUGAAAAUGUAAA